AUGGCCACCUUUCGCACCUCUGCGCCUUCUCUGGCGACUAUAUUCCGCUUCACCGCCCAACCAGCCGCCACUCGAAGAUGCGCGCAGUGUCUCAAAGCCCAACGCUGUCCCUUUUCCUCCUUCAAACCAAAGUUUCAGUCCUCCAAGCGUCCACUCAUGACUGAAUCCGCCUACCGACCUCCAACGCUCGAAUCAGAAGCGCCGAUAUUGCCACCAAAGAAUGCUGGGACUCCCGAGACGAGCAUUUCCUCACAAACUACUUGGCCACCGGCUACUCCGUGGCAAAGUAAAGACGCCGCAUCGAAUGUCAGCAUCAGAGAGGAGGAAGCACAGAAGAGCAAGGCAACUGCUGCGACUUCAACAACAACAACAUCAUCAUCAUCCACAACAGCGACCAAGACUCCAGCAAAGAAGAGCAAGCUCCGCGCGAGAAAAGCUCCCAUAACCCUCACUCCUGUAGCCGUCUCUCAACUACACGCCCUCUUCGAUGCACCAGACAGCAAACUCAUCCGAAUCGGAGUUAAGAACAGAGGGUGCAGUGGGUUGGCCUAUCAUCUGGAGUAUGUCGACAAGCCGGGUGCUUUUGAUGAGACGGUCGAGCAGGAUGGCGUCAAGGUGUUGAUUGACAGCAAGGCGCUGUUCAGCAUUAUUGGGAGUGAGAUGGAUUGGUUGGAGGAUAAAUUGAGUGCAAGAUUCAUCUUCAGGAAUCCCAACAUCACGGAACAAUGUGGGUGUGGAGAGUCUUUCAGCAUCUCAUAG